UGAUAAAGCAGAUUCAUCAGAUCUCUCCCAGUGUCCCCCACCACCCUUUUCCUUUUCCUCUCUCUCUCUCUCUCUCUGCGUCUGUGAGAGAAGAAAUAAAGUAGAAAAUUGAAAACGAAAAAGAAAAACCUCUCUGUUUUUAGCUCUCCGGUUUGUGUAUUCACUUUUUCUUUUUUCCUUGAUUCAAAAAAGGCAGCAAGAACAAAAACCCUUCUCUCCUUUUUACUCUCUCUCUUUUCUUUUUUUUCUUCUCUCAGUUGUUUCAAUCUCUCCGCAGAAGAACCUUAUCAUGAACCUCCAAGGUUUUAUGCGCUCAGAUCUGAAGCUUUGAUUUAGGUUCUGGGCUUAGCAGAUUCUUCUUCAUAAGGUUUUGGGCACUCAAAACUGAAGCUUUCGAUUAAGGUGUUGAGCUUACACGAUUUUCUUCACCAGGUUUUACAGGUUUAAAGGAAGUCGAGGAAAUGCAGAGGCCCCCGCAAGAAGAUUUUUCAUUGAAGGAGACUAACCCCCACCUCGGUGGAGGGAAGGUCACCGGAGAUAAGCUCACGAGCACCUAUGACCUCGUGGAGCAAAUGCAAUACCUUUAUGUCCGGGUUGUGAAGGCGAAAGAUCUACCUGGAAAGGAUGUGACUGGUAGUUGUGACCCUUAUGUUGAAGUUAGGCUUGGAAACUAUAAGGGCACAACCCGCCAUUUUGAGAAGAAGUCAAACCCUGAAUGGAAUCAGGUCUUUGCAUUCUCUAAGGAGCGGAUUCAGGCCUCGGUGCUUGAGGUUACUGUGAAAGAUAAGGAUGUUGUGAAGGAUGAUUUUAUUGGUAGAGUAUUGUUUGAUUUGAAUGAGAUUCCAAAACGGGUUCCCCCAGAUAGUCCCCUGGCCCCACAGUGGUACAGAUUGGAGGACAGAAAGAAUGAGAAGGCAAAAGGAGAGCUAAUGUUGGCUGUUUGGAUGGGUACUCAAGCUGACGAGGCAUUUCCAGAGGCAUGGCAUUCGGACGCUGCAGCAGUCAGUGGUGCUGAUGGUCUUGCAAAUAUCCGGUCAAAGGUCUAUCUUUCCCCUAAGCUUUGGUAUCUAAGAGUAAAUGUAAUUGAAGCUCAGGACUUGCAGCCAAGUGAUAAGAGUCGGUUUCCAGAAGUUUUUGUGAAGGCCAUCCUGGGAAAUCAGGCAUUAAGGACAAGGGUAUCUAUGAGCAAAAGUAUCAAUCCUAUGUGGAAUGAGGAUUUGAUGUUUGUGGCUGCUGACCCAUUUGAGGAGCCGCUAAUUUUGAGUGUAGAAGACCGUGUUGCUCCCAACAAAGAUGAAGUUCUGGGAAGAUGUGCUAUUCCUCUGCAGUACGUAGACCGGAGAUUGGAUCAUAAACCUGUGAGCACUAGGUGGUAUAAUCUUGAGAAACAUGUUAUAGUUGAAGGUGAAAAGAAAAAGGAAGUGAAGUUUGCCAGCAAGAUUCAUAUGAGAAUUUGUUUGGAAGGUGGUUACCAUGUUCUGGAUGAAUCAACUCACUACAGCAGCGAUCUUAGACCGACAGCAAAGCAAUUGUGGAAGUCAAGCAUUGGGGUCCUGGAGUUGGGUAUUUUAAAUGCUCAAGGGCUUUCUCCUAUGAAAACGAAAGAUGGCCGGGCCACAACUGAUGCUUAUUGUGUUGCCAAAUAUGGUCAGAAGUGGGUCAGGACAAGGACAAUCAUCGACAGUUUUGCUCCUAAAUGGAAUGAGCAGUAUACUUGGGAAGUUUUUGAUCCUUGCACUGUUGUCACCAUUGGUGUAUUCGAUAAUUGUCAUCUGCAAGGUGGAGAUAAAGCUGGAAGGGAUUCAAGAAUUGGGAAGGUAAGAAUUCGCCUUUCAACUCUGGAAACAGACCGUGUGUACACUCAUUCUUAUCCUCUUCUAGUUUUGCAUCCUUCCGGGGUAAAAAAGAUGGGUGAAAUUCAUUUAGCCGUGCGGUUUACCUGUUCAUCCUUGGUAAAUAUGAUGCAUAUGUACUCCCAACCGUUGUUGCCCAAAAUGCACUACAUUCAUCCCUUAACUGUCAGCCAGCUGGACAGCCUUAGGCAUCAGGCCACUCAGAUUGUCUCCAUAAGGCUGAGUCGUGCCGAGCCACCUCUGAGAAAGGAGGUGGUGGAAUAUAUGCUGGACGUGGGUUCUCACAUGUGGAGCAUGAGGAGAAGCAAAGCAAACUUCUUCAGAAUCAUGGGGGUUUUGAGUGGUCUAAUUGCUGUUGGAAAAUGGUUUGAUCAAAUUUGCAAUUGGAAGAACCCCAUCACCACAGUUCUCAUUCACAUCUUGUUCUUGAUACUGGUUAUGUAUCCGGAACUUAUUUUGCCGACUAUUUUCCUGUACUUGUUCUUGAUUGGAGUAUGGUACUAUAGAUGGAGGCCAAGACAUCCACCCCACAUGGAUACUCGUCUUUCUUGUGCUGACAAUGCUCAUCCGGAUGAACUGGAUGAGGAGUUCGAUACGUUCCCAACUUCUCGUCCUGCAGAUAUUGUAAGAAUGAGGUAUGAUCGUCUAAGAAGCAUUGCCGGGAGGAUUCAAACUGUGGUUGGCGACUUGGCAACACAAGGGGAGAGGCUACAGUCUCUACUAAGCUGGCGAGACCCUAGAGCUACAGCUCUCUUUGUUAUUUUCUGUUUGGUAGCCGCCAUUGUUCUCUACGUAACACCUUUUCAAGUGGUGGCUCUUCUUACAGGAUUUUAUGUGUUGAGACAUCCUAGGUUCCGGUACAAGCUUCCAUCGGUGCCACUGAACUUCUUCAGAAGGUUGCCUGCAAGAACAGACUGUAUGUUGUAAGAAACUAGAGUUUUGACUGUUUCAACCCUGUUUCCUUCCAGUCAGUGCAGAAUAUGCCGACAAAAUCUUGUUUGCUAUGUCUCACCAAGUGGUGAGGUGGAGUUCGUGUUGUGGUUAUGUAAGCUAAGCUGUCUCAUGAAACUUGCAUAUCUUGUGGAUUUUUAGGUUCUUUAUUUGUUAGGAUCUAUUUUGGAGUUGGUUCUGUAAAGACAGAUAUGUGGUAAUCUGUACUUUUGUAGGUUGUCAUUUAAUUCAAUCUUGUCUGGACCAUCCUUAUCUUUCAUCUUUACUGGUAGUUUAUCUACAUCAAUUCAAGUGAUAUAAUGUGUCUUUUACAAGGGA